AUGGUUCAAGAUAUCAAGACAGUCAUGGUACUCGGGGGCCUCGGAAACCUAGGCUCCUACCUAGUCCCAUCUCUCUUGAAUGCUGGUUUCAGUGUUUCAAUUCUAAGUCGGGGCUCGGCGGCCGCAUCUGCUCACGGAUUCGAAAACGUCCCGGUGGUGCACUCCGACUACACCUUUCCAUCUCUUGUCGAAGCCUUCACUGGGCAAAACGCAGUUAUCUCGACCAUUGCCACUGUCGCUACCAUGGACAUCAAUGACCAGAAAACAGUCAUCGAUGCCGCUGUCGCUGCAAAAGUCAAGAGAAUCCUUCCUAGUGAAUUUGGGAGUGACACUUCAGUAGAGGACCUGGAAAAGCACGCCCCGUUUCUUAAAGGCAGACAGGAGGUGGUUCAAUAUCUUCGAACCAAGGAGGCAGAAGGCCUUUCGUGGACCUCCCUAUGCACAGGAGCAUGGAUAGAUUGGAUGUUGGAAGAAGGCCGCGGCUUGCUUGGUUGGGACAUCGAAACGACUUCGGGCACACUAUUUGAUUCAGGCAACCAGAAAUUCACGGCAACAACUCUGAGUAAAGUGGCGGAAGCCAUUACCUCAGUCCUGGUGCAUGCAGAUGAAACUAAAAAUCAAUAUGUUCAAGUCGCUUCCUUCAACUUGACCCAGAACAUAGUGUGGGAAGCUCUGGAAAAGGUUUCUGGGAAAACCUUCUCGAUGAAGAGGAUGAGCACCGCGGAUUUGCAGUCGCGAGCAACAAAGCACUUAGCAAAUGGGGAUUUGGAUUCGGCUUAUUACGAGUUGGUCACUGCGGCUGUUUAUAGCGGCUCAGAAGUUAUUCAUUUUCCAGAGCGUGCCGCUCACUGGAACUCCGUUUUAGGCCUUGCCCAAGACGAGAGCCUGGAUGAGAUGGUUGAGCGAGUGUUCAGAAAGACAAUUGGUUGA